AUGAAACAAGGCAAAGCGAAGGCAUCAGCAGAAGCCAAAAAAAAGGCGAAAGAUGGCGCCCAACCGAGAGAUGACGCCCAGGCCCCGUCCUCGCCAACCGGCAACAAUGCCGGCCAAGCCCCUGCUGGAGGUGCCAUUUGUCUGCCCCCUGCUGGAGGUGCCGGUGGUCUGACCCCAAUGGCACCGUUGUCCACCAGCAACGUGUCUGAAGUCAAUCUAAGCUAUUACCAAUCAGUCCAAGAAGACAUGAGGAAAAUUUUGAAGUGUUUGGGACCGGAUUUUGCCAACAAAGAUGCGCUGCAAAUCGCACAAGGAAAUCAACAAGGAGAUGGCGGCAUCCAAGAACCUUUCAACAAGGAAAGAGUACCACUACAAAGGCAUGGUGUAUGCCAGCUAGGUGACUUCUUGUGGCCCAAGAACCAGUCCAAACCGAUGUUCCUCCUCAAGUUGUUGGAGGUGGAAGCCCCAACAGAUGUGCCAGAGAGACCAUCAGCUCUGGGUAUGCUUUCUCCGGAAGGCUAUGCGCAUGCUGCUCUGUAUGCGGCUGCCAGAGACCUCCCAGAGCACAAAGAGGAAUGGCAAAUUGUGCUGAGGUCAGUCCCAUUCUGCUUUGUGGCUGGCGCAAAAAACACUUGGAUUCAUUCAUGGAAUUGCCGCAACCAGCUCACACAGGAGUAUGAAUCUCUGAGCCGAUCAGCUUUGCAGCAGGCCACCGAGAUCAGCAUGCUGAAGAAGCGCAUGGAGUCCGAUGUAGGACGAACUCUUCAACCAGCGGAGCUCGUCAAUCAGUUGAAGCAAUUUGGCCUCAAGAAAGCUUCUUCACAGGAUGAUCUCACCACAAAUCUAGUGCAACUGGCAACCCAGGUGUAUGAGAAGAUGAAAGGCCCCGAGAUGCUAGGUCCCAUUCUAGCCAUGGAAGAAAAAUUUGGAACAAAGUCUUGCUUCAACUCCCUCAGCAAACUGCAUCUCUUGGCAACCAAACCUGAACCCAAUCGGCGGGUUUGGGUGAUGCAGGGAAUCUAUGACUGGCUCGUCCGCAGUUUGCUGACGAACGAUGAGGUGACCAAGAACACUCUCACUGGUGAUCGCAACACCUGCGGUUUGAUUCCGCUCCUGGAGUUGAAGAUGCUUUGCCUGGAACAUUGGCUCUCAUCCAUGAUGGCCCGCGCCAACAUCCUGGAGAAGGACCGGGCAGUGAUCCGCCGAGUCUUGCAGGACCAUGCUUCGUAUCGGCAGGAGAUGCUGGGCUCAGACGUCUCAUGGCAAGGCAAUCUCGCCCGCAGCUCUUUGGAGGCAUUGCAGUUUCUUGAGAAGCUGGUGUUCAACAAACAAUUCGACAAUCAGCUAAAGCAGCAUGCCCGCGGGCACAAGAACGUCGAAGAAGUGGCCGAAAAUGAGAUCAUCAAGGAGGAAUGGUCCAAGGUCAUUUCCAUCCGAGAAAAUGAAGUGGCAGAGCAGAAGGUGCGGGACAAGAUGGAAGACCAGGAGGACGGAGACGCCCCGGCAGAGACCGCUCUCCAUCAAAUGCGUCGGGCAGCCAAUGAGUUUGUGGAGAACAGCCAGGAGUAUUGGAACAGUUUGGCGAACACAACUGUGAGGCGGUAUGUUUCAUGUAUGGUGCUGCCAGCCACACAAGGGCAAAUGCAGAGAGAGCUGACCAACUCUUGCCUCAAAGAUGUCAUUGUGCCGGAGGGCCAGAGGUCGUGCUUGACUUGGUGUGACCUGGAUUAUAUGGGUGAGAAUAUGGGCGUCAAUUCGCAGAUUGGCCUUCGGAGGCUGCAGCCCUUGGACGGGAACGGUGAAAUCAAGAGCCUCAUCCAAGCCACGAUGCUGGCCCGUGGGGCCCAAGUGAAAAGCGACCAAGGGGAGAUAACGGUCCCUGCUCCCGGAGAGAUUGUGUGCUUCCACGCAGCCUCAGACAGACCAGGAGCAAUCUCAGAGUUGCGCAAGAUCUUUCGUCUUGCUGCAGCGACAAGAGGUGACACCAUCGACUGUGAACAGAAAGACAUCAUGGUUGUCUUCCAGGAGGAAUCUGUGCGCAGCCGAAAGAAACGCAUCAAAGGAUCAGAGGCCUACAGAUGCGACAGCUACUUGCACUUGUUCAGCGGUUUGACCCUGAUUCCUGGCUUAGUCCCAGAGAAAAGAAGGCUGCACUAUGACGGAUUCAACACAGGGAAUGUCAUGGGGUGGGUGACAUGUCUCCAGCCGAAUUCCUUGUGGGAAGCUACCCGGAAAGACAAGGAGAAGAUUCUGGGCCCCAAGGCGUUGAAGCUCACGACCGCUGAGCAGAUCAGCCUGAACAAGGAGCAGCAAGCGGUUGUGGCCAAUGAUGCUCGGGUGGAGUCCGUCUUCAGCGCCGGGCGCCUCCCAACCAAGUUCCACACGGACUUGCUGCACAGCUUGUGCUGCAAUGCUGUCAUUGACUUGUUCGCAGGGCAAGGAGAGAUGGCCCAGGCGUGCUUGGACACACGCACCCCCAUUGUGGCAUUUUGCUGCACCGAAGCGCACGCGGAGGCGCUGGAAGAGAGAUUGACCAAGUAUGUGCUGACCAAAUUUACGGAAAAGGGGCACACUUUGCAUCGCGAGGAUGCAAAAAAUAUGAUGGUCGGCGCUGAUGGUUUGACCUCGGUGGCUGCUGGAAGCUCCGAUGGUCUGACCUCUGGGCACAAUCCUGAUCCGAAAGCAAAACCAAAGUCCAAAAAGAGAAAAAAGAACAAAGAUGAAGAGUCUGAGGAAGAAGAAUCAGAAGAAGAAGAAUCAGAUGACAAGAAAAAGAAGAGGAAAAAACAGACCAAAAAGAAGAACAAAAAGAAGAAAUCAGAUGAUUCCGAUGACUCUGAAGACGAAGAUGCUAAUUGGUAA